CGCUCCCGCUCUGCGUCACUUCUUCUUCUCUGCUCUCGGAGAGCGGACCCUCCGCGUUUCUUCUUCGUCUUCUGCUGGCAUUCUGACGUCAGCAUGUGUCACCGGCCGUCUUUCUCUGCGUCAUCAGCGACCCGCUCAUGGCUCCAGGUGCCUCGCGUCGCCCUCCGCCGCCGUCUGAGCGCGCUCAGCGGCGCCGCGUCUCGACCAAUCCCGUGGCGCCGUCGGCCAAUCGCCUUCCUCUGCUACGUUCUGUCGGUCGGCGCUCUGCGGCCGCUGGCUAAGCGGGUAAGAGCGGCGGCCUGCUGGCUUCUGAUUGGACAGAGGGGAAAAGGGAGGGACAGAAACUACCAUAUUUGUUUCUUCUUUUCUCUCUUUUAUGUGGUGGCGCUGUACCGCUCCUUCCCAACGCGCCUCCUCUCCCGGGCCUGGGGUCGCCUCAACGGCGUGGAGCUCCCCACCUGGCUCCGCCGGCCCGUCUACUCGCUCUACAUCUGGACCUUCGGGGUCAACAUGCAGGAAGCCGCCGUGGAGGAUUUGAUCCACUACAGGAAUCUGGGGGAAUUCUUCCGUCGGCGUCUCAAACCGGCCGUCCGUCCUCUGUGCGCCAACUCCUGCCUGAUCUCUCCAGCUGACGGGAAGAUCCUCCACUUUGGUCAGGUGAAGAACUCUGAGGUGGAGCAGGUGAAGGGGGUCACCUACAGCCUGGAGAACUUCCUGGGUCCACAGAAAGGGCGGGAAAAUGGUACUGAGUCCAAAUGGACUGACUUAAGACUCCUCCUCCAGGGACCUCCUCCUGCUAACGACAUGCUCCUGUCUCUGUCUUUAGACUCCUCCUCCUCCUUCAGGGACCGCCUCCUCUCCUCUCCUGAUAACGACCUCUUCCACGUGGUGGUCUACCUGGCUCCAGGUGAUUAUCACUGUUUCCACUCACCCACCAACUGGAAGGUGGAGCGACGACGUCACUUCCCAGGCUCGUUACUGUCCGUUAACCCCGGCGUUGCUCGAUUGGUCAAAGAGCUCUUCUGCCUUAACGAACGCGUUGCUCUCACCGGCCAAUGGCAGCACGGCUUCUUCUCGUUAACGGCGGUGGGAGCGACCAACGUCGGCUCCAUCCGCGUUUACUUCGACCAGGAGCUUCAGACCAACGUUCCGCGCUACAGUAAAGGCUCCUUCCACGACCGCAGCUACGUCGCCGUCGACAACCACCUGUCAAAGGCGGCGGGCAAAGGGGGUGUGGCCGGCGGGGAAGGAGAGGGCGUGGUCUUACAGAAGGGCGCGGCGGUGGGGGAGUUUAACCUCGGCUCCACCAUCGUCCUGCUGUUCGAAGCUCCGAAAGAUUUCAGCUUCAACCUGCAGGCGGGACAGCGAAUCAGAGUGGGGGAGGGGCUCGGCAGCCUCUGAUUGGCCGAGCCGAGGCACCCUGAAAGAGGGCUUUGAUGAUGAAGAACAGCCGGCGUCUGAUACAAAGAGCCUACUGCAUUGUGGGAGAUCAGAUUCCAAACAACACCUGUGGAUGAGAGGAAGAGGACUACGACUCCCAGAAUGCUUUGCGCCGCAUGGGGGUGGAGUUGAACGCUCUCCUCCAGGAAGUGAACCAACAAAUAUACUCAAACAUUCACAUCACAUUUAACAAAUGAACGUUGUGUUAAAGCUCCUCCGUCCGUUUGGUUCUGUUCAAACCCAAAAGGAAGCCUGUGAUUGGCCAAAGAUAAUAUUGAUCAAUGAAUUCCUGAAUUCUAUACUUUUUGUAAAAUGUUAUUAUGAAUAAAUAUUUCUUUCUCAG